CAUGGCUGCAUCGGAAGAAGGGACCGGCUGCUUUCUCCCGCGAGGCAGGUCGCAGAGUGACCCCAGCAUCCUCACGGACCCCGCGGGCCCCGGGGAGCACCCAGAUGAGAUGGAGCAGUCCCCUGCAGUGCGUUCUGACUACUUGGUCUCAGGGAUUCGAACUCCACCAGUGAGGAGGAACAGCAAACUGGCAACACUGGGCAGGAUCUUCAAACCGUGGAAGUGGAGGAAAAAGAAAAAUGAGAAGCUAAAGCAGACAUCUGCAGUGCUGGAGAAGAAGAUGACAGCACGGCAAGGGAGGGAUGAACUCAUUAAGAAAGGCCUUCUGGAGAUGAUGGAACAAGAUACUGAAGGCAAAGCCUGCACUGGUGACGAUGGCACGAGGGUGACACAGAGCGAGGCUCCAGCAGCUGUGUGCCAGGCACUCACCUCAGAGGAGGAGCAGCAGGACACCACAACAGCAGCCACAACGAAUGUGACCUCCUUUGGUGAGGAGCUGCACUUGGAUGAGCUGAAAGAAGAUGCAGCCAAGAAACCUUCAGCACCCACGGAAGAACUGGAAGAUGCCAGCCUGCCAGCAUCUGAAGACAGUCCACAAGCCUUACUUGUACCUGAAUCCACAGAUUCCCCUCAGAAGCAGACAGAAAGAAACCCAGCACAGCUUCCCAGCCCUCCAUUGCUCCCAGCUCCACCACCUAAGGCAAUCUCCAAAAUCACCAAGAGCAUAACAGCAGGAAGCGAAACGGACGAUCCAGCCAUGAAAUCUCCUCCUUCCACCAUCCUGAAGAACUAUGUCAUUGUGGGUUCCUCCCAAAUCUCAGGACAAGCUGCCCUCUUCCACCCCUCUGGCCAGAAAAGCUGCGAGCCCCAUGGCAGAGGCCAGGUAACAACGCCCACCGGUUCCCCUCACCUGGCUGCCGUUCAUCUGCCUUUACCUCCCAGCAGAGUCAUUGAAGAACUCCACAGGGCUCUGGCCACCAAACACCGGCAGGACAGCUUCCAUGGAAGAGAAAGCAAAGGCUCUCCAAAAAAAAGGGUGGAUGUCCGUCCCUCAAGAACAUCGAGCAUGGAGCGCAACAAAGAGAAGGAGAACUCGCUGAGUUAUGGCAGUGACUCAGAAAACAAGAGGAACUCAGUUAAAGAGUCAGAUGAGAACAAAGAAAACAUGAUCAUGAACUCAGAGCUCAAGGAAGAGUCUGUUUUCUAUCAGGAUGAAGAAGUUCUGAACGACUCUGUUAUUUCUGGUACUUUGCCAAGAAAAUGCAAGAAAGAGCUGCUGGCAGUAAAGCUACGGAACAGACCAAGUAAGCAGGAGCUGGAAGACAGGAAUAUUUUCCCAAGGAGAACAGAUGAGGAAAGACAGGAAAUCCGGCAGCAAAUUGAAAUGAAACUCUCAAAGCGACUCAGCCAAAGACCCGCUGUUGAGGAGCUGGAAAGAAGGAAUAUACUGAAACAACGAAAUGAUCAAACGGAACAGGAGGAGAGGAGGGAAAUCAAGCAGAGACUGACAAGAAAGCUUAACCAGAGACCUACAGUUGAUGAACUGAGAGACAGAAAGAUCCUGAUUCGAUUCAGUGAUUAUGUGGAAGUGGCAAAAGCACAGGACUACGACAGGAGAGCAGAUAAACCAUGGACACGACUGUCAGCAGCAGACAAGGCAGCAAUUCGGAAGGAGCUGAAUGAAUACAAAAGUAAUGAAAUGGAGGUUCAUGCAUCCAGCAAACAUUUGACAAGAUUUCACAGGCCAUAGGAAUUUUCUUCUGAGAAGAAUCUGUCUUUACUUUUUGAUAUUGCUGCUGAACACACAUCAGGGAACCCUGAAGCCUUUCCCUGAGGUUCAGUGCAGGCUCCCUGGACGUUGCUGUGACAGAAGGACUCUGCAGUGAAGCCUCUGCAGCCCCUGGGGACAGGACAGUGCCAGCCCCGAGCUCUGGAGGCAGGAGGGUCUGGCCUGUGGAGUGGGACAAGCUGCUGAGAAAGACUGAAGUGAAGCUGCUUGGAAGAGCCUCCUCCUCUCCUUUCCCACCUGAGUGGAACUGUUUGCAGGCUGCCUUGGAAAAGGAGAUGUUGUGCAUGUACAGGCUUUACCAUUCCAAGGCCUCUGACAUAAGUGGACAUGACACUCUGUCAUCCAGUAUUACGUUGACAAGACAUUUUGAACUUACCACAAUUAGUUUGUAAAACACCUAAGUUCAUGUUCUAAAAACUAAUUUAAUGUAUUAUAAUUUCAUUCUUUUUUAUAUACUGUCUAACAGAAUCACAGCUGCAAGCAUUUUUGAUUCCUGUUACUUUUGUUCUUUAAUUAAAUGACUACUUAUUGCAGGAAAUGAA